AUGGGAUUGAAUGGCACUUCUACCCCUACCCAUGCACCCAAUGGAAUGUUAUCAUCCAUGAACGGGACCCAAGACACACCAAUUCGAGUCACCCGGAGUAGACGUGGCAUCAACACGCCUGGAUCCUCCCACUCUGCUGCGAAUGGUGCCUUAGGCGUCGCAGGCUCUCCGGAAAGCCAGGUCUCUGUCUCUCAGGGGGCCUCCACACGUAGUACGAUCGAGAUCCGCCUUCCUAGGAGGUCGUUGCGGGGCAGAGAAACUCCAUCUACUGCCGAAGAUUCGGUCAAUCUACCAUCACAAUCUCCCGUCAUCAUGAUCUCCUCAGAUGAUGAAGAGCCUGUGCGGGGCUCGUCCCAUCGUUUUGGUGCUAGGUCUGCCAAUGGUACCACGAGUAAAAGGCCCAAAUAUUUGCAACGAGAUGAUCUGUCUCUAAACUCAAACAAGAUGGAUUUGGAAGAAGAGGAAGAUGAUUCGAUCGUCUACACAGACUUCAUCGUUGCCCAGCGACUCCAGGCAGAGGAAUAUGCACAAGCCACCAACGGGAGCCUGUUAGAACCUCCAGCGAAGAGAGCCAGGACCGAAUGGAGCCGCUCUCUCCUCUCUGCUUUCCGUUCUGGUAAGAGCACUGGAUCUGGCGCAGGUCUUCCAAAUUCUCUCAACGGUCGGGCGAAGAAUGGUCUUGGUGAAUCGGCCCCUAUCCCUGCACCGUCACGUGUUCCAGAAGUUACCAUCACCGGAGGAACUCGAGCUGCUCAGGCAAGUGAUUUCAUUUCAGCAUCCCAACUGCUCCAACAAGAUAAGGUCGGCCUUGGUCUACCCUCGGACUUUUCUACUGGCGUCUCCUCCAACGAUGUCACCGAUGCCAGUGACGGAACGUCCGAUGGUGAGGAGGAUGAUGAUGAUGAGGAAAUUGAGAGCGAAAGUGACGAGGUUACUCGAAGAGUGGCGCUCGCGGCACGAGACCGCCGUGCAUUCGGUCGACGCACUACAGCGCGUGCCGUGCGAACCGUCCGACAGAGGCUAGAAAGCUUCCAUCCAGAGCUCCCGAAUUUGUGGAUCAACCUCGAAAACGAACCGCCCAUCAUACCGGUUCAAGCGGAACAGCCCCCAACUAUUCAUCGCAGAAUGAAGGGCUUCCAGCUUGAGGGACUCUCAUGGAUGAAGCAAAUGGAGGAAUCCAAGUACAAAGGCGGCAUCCUUGGAGAUGAGAUGGGCCUAGGCAAAACUAUUCAAGCCGUUUCGUUGAUCAUGUCCGAUUUUCCCGUCGGCAAACCUUCGCUUGUCCUCGUUCCUCCGGUUGCCCUUUUGCAGUGGGUAUCUGAGAUUGACUCGUAUACGGACAAGACUUUGAAGACCUUCGUGUACCAUGCAACGAACGCGGAGACAAAGGCACUCAAGCUUAACGAGCUGAAGAAAUACGAUGUCAUCAUCAUGUCCUAUAAUUCUCUGGAGUCGAUGUAUCGCCGGGAGACGAAGGGCCACAAGAAGAAGAGAAAGGGGGAUGCUUGCACCGUGGAGGUUCAUAAGAAGCCUAGCAUUAUCCACAAAAUUGACUUUCAUCGUCUCAUUCUCGAUGAGGCCCACGAAAUCAAGACUCGCACUACUUCGACGGCCAGAGCCUGCUUCGCACUGAAAGGAACAUAUCGAUGGUGCUUGACGGGCACUCCUUUGCAGAAUGUCAUUGGCGAAUUUUUCUCCCUGGUUCAGUUUCUCAACGUCCGUCCGUUCAGCAACUAUCUCUGCCGAAGCUGUCCCUGUAGAUUGGAGACGUGGAACUUUGGCGAAUCUAAGCACUGUCUCACCUGCGGUCACGGUGCGCUGGGCCACUUCUCCGUUUUCAACCAAGAAAUUCUCAUCCCGCUCCAGAGACAUGGCCAACACGGUCCAGGUCGGGUUGCAUUCGAACGGCUCCUCCUUCUCACCGACCGCAUCAUGCUUCGUCGUCUCAAGAAGAACCACACAGAAUCCAUGGAACUUCCGACCAAGGAACUCCGUAUCAGUCGUCAGUUCUUCAGCGAACCCGAGAACGAUGUGGUGCAAAAGAUCAUGGGAGACGCGAGACGGGCAUUCGAAUCGUUUGCUUUGGAUGGAACCAUUCUGAACAAUUACGCCAACAUCUUCAGUCUCAUUAUGCACUUACGCCAGACCGCAGAUCAUUAUGAUCUCGUCCUGAAGAAGGAUGCGGAUGGUGGUCAGAAUGUUCUAGAGUGUUGUGUCUGCGAAUCCCCCGCCGAGGAUGCUAUCAUCAGCAAGUGCCGCCAUCACUUCUGCCGUUCUUGCGCGAGAAGCUAUCUCGAUAAUGUCGAGAGCCCUGACUGCCCCAAGUGUCACAUCCCUCUAUCGAUUGAUCUUGUUCAGCCGGAGCUUGAACAGGACCAGCUGCUGUUCAAGAAGUCGUCCAUUGUGAACCGUAUUCAAUUGGAGAACUGGAGGUCAUCGAGCAAGAUUGAGCUCCUCGUCCACGAGCUCUUUUCUCUCCGGUCCGAAAACUCCACGCACAAGUGCAUCAUCUUCUCCCAGUUCACAUCGAUGCUCCAACUGAUCGAGUGGAGACUUCGCCAUGCAGGGCUUACAACUGUUAUGCUUGAUGGCACCAUGACGCCCGCACAGCGUGAUGCGUCCAUCAACCACUUUAUGAAGAAUGUCGACGUCGAAUGUUUCUUGGUUUCGUUGAAGGCUGGCGGAGUGGCGCUGAAUCUAACGGAAGCGUCCCGAGUCUUCCUCGUCGAACCAUGGUGGAAUCCUGCUGUCGAAUGGCAGUCGGCGGACCGAUGCCAUCGUAUUGGCCAAGCCCGACCAUGUAUCAUUACCAACCUUGUGAUCGAGGACUCUGUGGAGAGCCGAAUCGUUAUGCUGCAAGAGAAGAAGACACGCAUGAUCCACUCGACUAUGAACAAGGAUGCCGAGGCGGCUCAAUCUUUGACGCCCCAGGACAUGCAGUUCUUGUUCCGAGGCAUCUAG